CGCCGCCGCCGCCGCCGCCCCGCCGCCGCCGCGCCGCGCCGCCCCGGGCCCAGCCCGAUGCCCGGCGGCGGGCGGAGGUGAAGGAGCGAACGGGCGCUGGAUCCUCCCGGUCGCGGCCCCCGGGGCCCCGGGCAGGGAACAAAGGGCCAUGGCCGAGGGGGCUCCCGCUCAGGCGCCGGAGCCGGUGCUGCAGCCGCGCUGCCCCUCGCCCCUCCGGCCGGCGGCCGGUGCCGAGCGUACCUCGGAGCGGGAGACGCAGACGGCCGAGCUGUCCCUGACGGUGGUGGCGGCCGUGCAGGCGGUGGAGAGGAAGGUGGACUCUCAUUCCACCCGCCUGCUCGACCUGGAGGGUCGGACGGGGAUGGCGGAGAAGAAGCUGAUUGACUGCGAGAAGACGGCGACGGAGCUGGGGAACCAGCUGGAGAGCAAGUGCGCGGCGCUGGGCACCCUCAUCCAGGAGUACGGGCUGCUCCAGCGGCGCCUGGAGAACAUGGAGAACCUGCUGAAGAACAGGAAUUUCUGGAUCCUGCGGCUGCCUCCGGGCAGGAAGGGGGAAGUCCCCAAGGUGCCGGUGACGUUUGAUGACGUGUCCGUCUAUUUCAAUGACAAGGAAUGGGAGAAGCUGGAGGAAUGGCAGAAGGAGCUGUACAAGAACGUGAUGAAGGGGAACUAUGAGUCGCUGAUCUCCCUGGACUAUGCAAUUUCCAAACCUGGUGUUUUGUCUCAGAUCGAGCAAGGAGAGGAAUCGCGGGUCAGGAACGAGCAGGACUUGGAGGAGAGCGAGAUCAUUACCGAUGCCACCGCAGCUGGCAUAAGGGUUGUGAUCAAAACGGAGGAGCUCCUUCCUGAAGACAGCCCCGAAAACCCUGAGCUGCACGGGAUGUCGGGGCAGUCGGAGGGGAGCUUCCAGAGUCCGGAUGAGGAGGCAGCCUGCGAGAGCCCCUACGGCUCCGUCUCCCCUCCGAGGGACCUCCCAGGAACCAGCCUGGGUGACUCGUCCGAAUACGUAGCUGACUUCAACGAGAUCCAGAGAGUCAUCGUUCAUCAUGGGAGCUGCACAGAGGACGGGAUCGUGAUCAAGACGGAGGAGGAGGAGGAGGAGGACGACCCCGACACCCUGGAGCCGUGCGCCAUGUUCUCGGGCAGGACCGAGCCGCCGGCGUUCCCCAGCCACGAGGCCGGGCUGGGCUGCGAGGCGCAGUGCAGCUCCAAAACGCAGCCCAGGAGCCUGGCGGCCGCCCGCGUGGGGAAGCCCCCCGCCUGCGAGAGGGACUCCGGGGAGAUGAAGCCGGCCAUCGCCCAGCAGCGGAACCGGACGAGGGAGAGACCCUACAUCUGCCCCGAGUGCGGGAAGAGCUUCAUGCUCAAGAUCAACUUCAUGAUCCACCAGCGCAACCACCUCAAGGAAGGGCCCUACGAGUGCCACGACUGCGACCUCAGCUUCCGCAACAAGCAGCAGUUCCUGCUGCACCAGCGCAGCCACACGCGCCGGGGCGUGGGGGUCCCCCGGCGCCCCGAGCACGGCCUCAAGCCCCAGCCGCGUCCCCCGCCUCCGGGGAAGCCCUACAAGUGCUCCGAGUGCGAGAGCAGCUUCAGCCACAAGUCGAGCCUCAGCAAACACCAGAUCACCCACGUCGGGGAGCGGCCCUUCACCUGCGGCGAGUGCCGGCGGAGCUUCCGCUUGCAGAUCAGCCUCAUCAUGCACCAGAGGAUCCACGCCGGCAAGAGCGAGAUGGCGUUCCUCUGCCCCCAGUGCGGGAAGAACUUCACCCGGCCCUCCCACCUCCUGCGGCACCAGCGGACUCACACCGGCGAGCGGCCCUACCAGUGCAGCCAGUGCGAGAAGACCUUCAGCGAGAAGUCCAAGCUCACCAACCAUUACCGCAUCCACACCCGGGAGCGCCCGCACGCCUGCGCCGUCUGCGGGAAGGGUUUCAUCCGCAAGCACCAUCUCCUGGAGCACCAACGCAUCCACACGGGCGAGCGGCCCUACCACUGCACCGAGUGCGGCAAGAACUUCACCCAGAAGCAUCACCUCCUGGAGCACCAGCGGGCGCACACCGGCGAGCGGCCCUACCCCUGCACCGAGUGCACCAAGUGCUUCCGCUACAAGCAGUCCCUCAAGUACCACCUGAGGACGCACAUGGGAGAGUGAGGGGCUGCCGACGGCUUCCUCUCCCUCCCCUCUCUCCCUCCGGCCCUCCUCCUCCUCCUCCGCUCAUCUCUCCCACCCUCCCUCUGUCUCCGUCCCCCCACCCCCACCCCCGGCUCAGGGCAUGGACAUCAAGGAAGCUUUGUGUGGUAGCGCCGCUGGUCUGGUGGAGACGGCUAGGCUGAUUGGAAAUAAAUUAAUUAAUUAAAGCAAGCAACGCGCGGCAAAAUUAAAAGAUUAUAUAUAUAUAAAAUUAACAGAAGCAGCUGAUUUAGGGGAAAUCCUCACCAUCAGAAAAAAGCAAACAAACCAACGACAAAAGAAACCUGUACAGGGUGUUUUGCCGGAGUAGGACUCUUAACUGCUUUUUAAAUCUACUGUUUGGUUUUUUUAAUAAAUGUGGAGGAACUUUUUAUUUGAUAAGCAAACUUAGGAUCACCCAGAUUUUUUUUUUUUUUUUUUUUUUUUUUUUUUUUUUUUUAAAUGCUCUGUAGGCUGAUUCUGGCACAGUCACUUUUGUCCAGGAGCUCUGCAGAGGCGCUGCCUCGUCCCAGCUUUCCAGGCUGGACGCGACAGCCGCUCGGCAGCAUGUGGCGACAAGGAGCUCCCGGCCAGGGAGAGGUGAGUAAUAAAUAGAUCCAGAUGACGAGGAAGUUCUCCGUGUGUCUAGAUUUGAAGCGCUGAUAGGUGCCUGCCCGGCUCUUGGGGCUGUGAUGCACUCCUGAAUUAUACAAUAGAAUAAAAUACUAGUUGCAGUAAAAGAACCUUUUUCUGGUAGGACCCCAUCAGCAAGGCUCCUCCAAACACUCAUUUCUAGCACUUAAUCCUUCCACAGCAGCAGACACCUCUCCUGCGAGCGGCGACCCCGGGCGCCCGGCCCUCCCGCCGCCACGAGAGCUGCACCGAAGGCAUCGCCGGCCGGCGCGAGACGCGGGAGCGGUUUGUAGAUGCGGGUCUUGCCGCGGGGUGCCGUGGGGUCACGAUGUACCUGCGCACAAGACCUUGACCUGUUUAACUGCUCUUCUGCUCUCUUGGAAACGCGCUGCGGCGAGCGGGCCGCCCUCGCCCCUUGCCGGUGGCAUCGACCACACGCUCCCCAGCGGCGGGAGCAGCAGGACUCCUGCCCCAGACAGAGGAGCGGGUCCUGGGCCGGCUCCAAGAAAAGCCCCGGCCAUCUCGGGGCUGCCUGCGGGAGACCUCCCGGCUCCCAGGCACCCGGUGCCGGGGUCCCCCGCCACGUGGCUGUGGCUGUAGUCACGGUGGGUGGGACGCGGGCCGGUCUCCUUGCUGUUGGUUUGAGCUCCUGUCUCCAGCGGCUCGGUUCUCCGCAGUCCCGGCUCAUCCCUCGCCGCAGCUCCCGCGGUUGGGCUGCGGCUGGGUGAGAUGCACCCAAAGGGCCGGGCGGUGGCCGGAGCGGUGACGCCAGCUUCCCGGUGCGCGCCGGGCUUCUGGCCGACGGGUGCCGUGGGGAAGGCGGUGUCGGAUCUCAUGUUGGACAGUGGCAUCAAUAAACAGAGCGAUGAUGGGA